CCGCCCCACCCGGCGCUUGCUCCCAACCGUCGGGGUGUGCGUGGGACGGAGGUGCCCCGGGGCAAGUUACAGAGGGGGACUCUGCCCGGUUUCGGUUCCGGCUCUGGGGAUCCAAGCUCUCGUUUACCAAUAACACCAUUGCUCGCUCUGUGGCCGCCGGAGCCCCUCGCCCGGCGGGAAACGGGGAUGGAUGCGAAGCAGGCGCCAAAUGCCCGGGACGCCUGGGCUCCUCUGAAACGUCCUCCAAGUAGAUGAACCGCAAGCCGUGCACCGGCGAUGAGAUGUUGGUGGCACAGCAGAUAAGAUUAGUUUAAUACCUCAAGACUUUUUUGCAGAACUGUGUGAACAAAUAAUUCAACAUCUGAACCAUAAGAUCCCAGGUAUAAAUACAGCUGAGCUGUGUCAGAGAAUUCAAACAUCUGGGAUUGAGAUUAAUGCUGGUGACUUGGCAAAAAUAGCUAACAUUUUUUCCUUUCUUUUUAGCACAGCAGCCAGAAACAAUCUUUCUACGGAAGAACUUGUCAUCACCUUGGGCAAUGCAGUCAGCACCCUGCCAAAACAUGCACUUCAAGUUAUUCGACAUGUAUGGAACGAGCAGGGCAAAUCCAUCAGUGUGUCAGAAGAUGCAAGAAACAGGGCCUCAGUGGGGCAGUUUGUAGAUAUGAAAUGGAAGCUGGGAGUUGCAAUGAGCUCUGACACCUGCAGGUCUCUGAGGUUUCCUUACGUGGCAGUGACACUAAGUGUGGCAGACCCUUCAGGACAAGUAACAGACAAAUCUUUCGAAAUGUCGAUCCCACAGUUCAAGAAUUUCUUCAGACAGUUCAAGGAAAUGGCAGCUGUUCUUGAAACAGUUUGAAAAGAACUCCUAUUUACAUUGAAAGUUUGGACAGACUUAGGUCACGUAACCUUUCCGUUGUGCACAGGGAAUAAAGUGCCAUUGUUCAACAAGGUAUGUAUCCUUGUCUUUUUGACAGGAAUUUUUCAGCAUCCUCCUUGCACUGCUGUGAACACUUCUUCACUUUUGAGUACUUGAAGCAGCUCUGCAGUGUUUGUAAACAAAGCUGAAAACUUUUCAGCUUUGUUCAUCCUGGUGGACAAAAGAUCAGGAUGUGUACAGAAGGCAUCAUUGUAGACUUCCUAAUAUCCAGGAGUAAGAAACUGCUCAUUGAACCCCAGGGUGUGGAAAGACACCUGAAAAUAUUGACUGGGAAGAUAUUGAGAGAAGUGUAAAUCCCAUGUUAACAAUUUCUGUCUGUAAUACUGAGAUGCACUUGGACUCAACAAUAAUAUUAAGUAUAUGAAGCUACAUAUAACAAGCAUACAUUUAUUCUUGAAGAACAGCAAUGUCAAGUAGUUAGUUCCAGGUAUUUGCGGACCUAGGUUUCAGUCAUCUUUUAAUAACUGGAGAAUAUACUUGUCCUAACAGCUUUUUUAUUUAUAUAUUUGUUUGUUUGGCUUAUUUCCCACCACCUGGCCUUAUAAAAACUUAAUGCAUUAAGGUUUUCUGGAUACUCAAUUUAUUUUCUGAAAUGAAGCCCAGAGGCUAAUUUUAAAUAAGGGUAGAAAGGUGAAUUUAAUUCAAAAGCAUUUUAAUAUAUUUUUGCCUUUGCAAUUAAUCCAGCUUUAAUGUGUAUCACUCUUCUUGAUGUUUGAUGAGCAGUCUGCCUUGUAAUUAAAUUAGAAUAUUGAUGUAGUAGCCUCACUUCAAGCUCUGAACCAGAGAAGUCAAGAGGAAACUUGAACAUUCAGGCUGGAGUGUCAGCCAAGCUCAUCAGAGAAAGAACCACACUGAAAGUCAGCAAGAAUUCUUUACUUGUACUGAAUGACAGGGGUCCACUGGACUGUUGCACACACUCAGAUGAUGUCCUAACAAGCAAAAUUUUUUCUUUGAUUCUGAAGAUGGGAACAUUUCCAAAGGGCAAGUGAUAAAUCCACUGUGCUUGCAUGCUCUCUUCUUUGGUUUGUUGUGCGUUUAUUUUUUUUUAAUUGAGUUUUCCAUACAUAAAACACAAACUGCAAAUGUA